AUGUAUCUGUUUCCUACUAAUGGUAUUAUUAUUGUUGAUGAAUUAUAUUGGAUUGAUGAAUUAAAUCAUGGUUAUUCACUUGAAUUGUUAUUAAGUAAAAUAAUUUACUAUAAUCAUUUAAAGAUAACAACAAAUAAUUUUGUAAAAAUUAUUGAUAUGAGUGCGACAAUACCUAAUCUAAAUCAAUUAGCACAAUGGUUUGACAUUGAAGUUUAUGAAACAAUAUUUCGUCCAAUAUCACUUGAAGAAUAUAUUAAAAUUGAUAGAAUAUUAUAUAAUAAACAAUUUAUUUCUAUACGAGAACUUCAUUUAUCUGAUCGAUAG